GUUGCCCGGUCGGCCUUAGGAGGAGGACGUGUUGCAGGUCGUUCCGGGGUGUGGUCACUCUGGGUCCCCCUCCACCAUGUUAAAGUUUAUGAAGCACCAACACAAAUUGACGCCGGAGAGGAUACAGAAGCAGAAGGAGCUCUUUGGAUUUCAUAAAGCCUGCUACCAUGGCUUUCCCAGCAAACCUUCAGCGAUGGCGUGGGACCCUCGCCUCAGACUGCUCGCCAUUGCCACCCGCGCCCCGGCCAUCAGACUGUACGGACAGCCUGGCGUGGAGGUGUAUGGGCAAAGUGAGGCUUGUGAGUCCCCUAUCACGCACCUCAUCUUCCUUACGGGGCAGUGUCGAUUAGUCUCCCUCAGUGAAGAUAAUAGUCUCCACUUAUGGGAGAUGAGGGAGGUGAAGGAGGAGGAAGAAGGAGGAGGAGAAACGUGUCUGAAACUUGUCCAUGUGAAAUCAACGUCCUUGGAGGGAAAGCUCAAGAAGAUCAGCGUCCUGGCGUGUGAGGCCGGGGGGGAGCACGUCAUGGUUGGAACGGAGGGGGGCAACAUCUACCUUCUACAAGUGGCUUCCUUCACCAUGGCCGAGAACAUCAUUUAUCAGGAUGUUGUGAUGCAGAACGUUCCCGAGGAUUACAAACUGAACCCCGGGCCAGUGGAGGCUAUCGCAGUUCACCCCAAGGAAGCUGGUCGGAUCCUUAUUGGUUACCAGCGAGGUCUUGUUGUGCUCUGGGAUACCAAGAACUUGUGUGCCGAUCAGACCUACAUCAGCAGUCAGCAGUUAGAGAGCGUCUGCUGGCACACUGACCCUGCGGCUUUCACCACCUCACACAAUGACGGCUCCUACAUGGUCUGGUCUGCUCUGGACUCUGCGCAACCUGCCGAUGGACCCCAGACUGUCUACGGCCCCUUCCCCUGCAAGCCCAUCACGAAGAUCUUGCGCCCCUCUGCUAAGGACGGCGGCCAGUUCACCAUCUUCAGCGGCGGAAUGCCCCGGGCCAGCUAUGGGGAUCGGCACACUGUCACCGCCAUUGAGGGGGACGCGCGACACACCACCUUCAGCCUCUCCUCUAGGGUGCUGGACUUCGCGGUGGUUCUGGAUGACGAGACGGGGGUUGCCGACUGCCUGGUGAUACUGGCAGAGGAGGAGAUCGUGUUCAUCGACCUGGUAACAGAGGAUUGGCCGAGUCAUGGGGCGCCCUACCUGGCCUCCCUGCACUCCUCGGCCAUCACCUGCUCCUACCUGUGUGCCAGCGUGGCUAACGACGUCCUGGACAAGAUCAAGGAUGCAGGAAUCAAGCAGCAGGCCCGGCUCUCCCCCCGCCCCUGGCCCAUCAGCGGAGGGGUGCUGGAGAAGGGGAAGGGGAAGGGUCAGCAGGACACUAAUCAGAGGGACAUCCUGCUGACUGGACAUGAGGAUGGUACCGUUCAGUUCUGGGAGGCUGGUAGUGUCUCCCUGCGUCUCCUCUACAAGCUCUCCACGGCCCAGCUCUUCGUGUCGGAGGACCUGGGAGGGGAGGGGGCAGCCGCGGAGGACGAUGAUUGGCCCCCGUUUAGGAAGGCCGGACUGUUUGACCCCUACAGCGACGACCCGAGGCUGGGGGUGAAGAAGAUGCAGAUGUGCCCAUACACUGGUACCCUGGUGGUGGCUGGGACCGCUGGGCAAGUCUUGGUGAUGGCCCCGGCGACGGAACCCAAGGAUCUUCUGCCCCAGUGCAUCGAUAUCAACCUGGUGGCGGAGAAUGACAGCUUCGUGUGGAAGAGUCACAGUAAGCUGGAGAUGAGGGGAGAGACGGUCAAGCUGGAACCAGGCAUGCAGCCGACAGCCAUCCUGCAGUUCUUCCCACCAGCCUCCUGCACAUCCUUGGCCCUGCACAGUGAGUGGAACCUGGUGGCCUGUGGGACGGCACACGGGUUCGCCCUCUUCGACGCAGCGCAGAACAAGAGUCUUCUGGCUAAAAGUACCCUGAGCCCCCUUGACCUUGCCAACACAGCGGACGAGGGGCCAAUGUCGCGGCGUAAGUCCCUCAAGAAGUCCCUGCGUGAGUCCUUCCGACGACUUAGGCGCGGACGGUCCCAGCGGAAGACGGCCGCAGGGGGGGGCCGGGGGGGCGCCACCUCCCCCACAGCCACCUCCCCACCACCCAGCUCCCGUGGUGGUGGAGGGGGUGAGGAGGAGGGAGUGCGGCCGGUCGAGAGAGCGAUUGAGGCUCGGACCAAUACCCCGGAUCAUGUUGGCUCCAUGGUACGAUGUCUGCAUAUCACAAAGUGCUUCAUCGCUAACAGCCAGGCCAUGUCGGCAACACUCUGGGCCGGGACGAACAGCGGCUCCAUCUUCGUCUUCACCAUCGCCAUCCCCCCCUCAGACAAGAGAAAGGAGGUCCCACUGACAGUCCAGCUGGGCAAGGAGAUUCACCUCAAGCAUGGCGCUCCAGUUCUCGGCGUGUGGGUGCUGGACGGUUCUGGUCUGCCCCUGCCUGUACCCAUGGCAGUGAAGAAGGACGCAGCGCCCCCUCCCAGCACCUCCCUGCCUCACCGUGUUCUCAUAUGCUCCGAGGAACAGUUCAAGGUCUUCACCCUACCACAGCUAAAGCCCUUCUGCAAGUUUAAGCUAACAGCACACGAAGGGUCCAGGGCUCGGAAACUAGACCUUGCAAAGUUUGUGUCGACGGCAGACCCCAGCUACUCCGAGACCUGCCUUGCCCUCGCCACCAACCAAGGGGAUUUCUCGGUGUUCUCCCUCCCCGAUUGUAGGCGCCAGCUGUAUGCCCCACACCUGAAGAAGGAGGAUAUCAGGUAAAGGGGUGAAGGGUGUUA